CAAGCCAUCUUGACUGAAUAUUUAGCCUCAUCCAAGGUACAUUAAUUUGAUAUCUUCAGGAUUUCGGUGUCCCUAGUUUGAUGACCACUAUCGUUUGAAAGGUUAAAACCACACCAAUGAAACCGGGUCGAGUUUGUGUGUUUAAGCGCAGUCACGGCGGAGAACGGGAGUGCUGAAGAUGACGCUGUCGCUCCUGAAAUUACCGGCUAGCUAAGCUAACGGCUAGCAUGUCUGCCUUGAUUGUAGUCUGUCAGUAGCUGACAUUUAGCUUGGUGCAGUUUUUCUGUCGGGCACUCGCACUGCAGAGGACGACUGAACAAGGGCGCUAGUGCAAAGUCCCAUGCAGAAGACGAGGAGGUGGGAAUGCGAGGCAGUUGUUAGCAGACUCAGCAUGGGUAGGGGUCGAGGCAGAGGGAGAGGAAGGGGCAGGGGUACAUCUGGCCAGUUGCGGCCCCCCUCCCCUUACAGACUGCAGCUCUCUCCAUCCAGGGAGACUUUGACAUACGCUCAGGCUCAGAAAAUAGUGGAAGUGGACCUAGAUGGAAGACUCCAUCGGAUUAACAUCACAGAUCCUCUGCCAGUUAUCACAGAGGACGAGAUGAUGGCCCAGGACAUUGCAGAGUGCAACAGUAACAAGGAGAACAGUGAGCAGACACAGAGUAAAACCAGGACGUGGAGGAAACCCGCAAACGGCAAAAACAGGAGGAGUGGUAAAAACACAUCAAACCAGAACCAGCGCUCCAGCUCUAAUCAGCACACAGGAUCGGCUUUUUCCUUUCAGCAGCCGGCCCUCCAAACACCUCUGCCUGAGCCGACCUUCCGCGUGCUGAGUUCGGUUUCGCCCACAGAGGCGCCUCCUCUCCCGGCAGCCUACUAUCGUUACAUAGAAAAAUCUGGGGAGGAGCAGGACAGCGUGGCAGAGUAUGACAUGGACGAGGAGGACCUCGCCUGGCUGGAGAUGGUGAACCAGAAGAGGGUGUCCGAUGGCCAUGCAUCCGUAUCUCCGGACACUUUUGAGCUGCUCAUCGACCGCCUGGAGAGGGAGUCCAUCUUGGAGUCCCGCAGCCAGGCUCUGUCCCAGAAUGCUGUCGACGAGGAUGCAUUCUGCUGCGUCUGCUUGGAUGACGAAUGUCUGAACAGUAACGUCAUCCUGUUCUGUGACAUCUGUAACCUGGCCGUCCACCAGGAGUGUUACGGUGUGCCCUACGUCCCCGAGGGCCAGUGGCUGUGCCGCUGCUGCCUGCAGUCCCCCUCCCGCCCUGUAGACUGUGUUCUCUGUCCCAACCGAGGAGGUGCCUUCAAACAGACAAGUGAUGGGCGUUGGGCCCAUGUUGUCUGUGCCAUAUGGAUCCCAGAAGUUUGCUUUGCCAACACGGUGUUCCUUGAGCCCGUGGAGGGGGUCAGUAACAUCCCUCCCGCUCGCUGGAAGCUCACCUGCUACCUGUGUAAGCAGAAAGGCAGAGGAGCCUCCAUUCAGUGCCACAAAGCCAACUGUUACAGGGCUUUUCACGUCACCUGCGCCCAGAAGGCUGGCUUGUUCAUGAAGAUAGACCCAGUUCGGGAGACAGGUGUUAACGGCACCACCUUCUCCGUGAAGAAGACCGCUUUCUGUGAGCAUCACUCUCCCGUUGGGUCUCGGCGAGACGGGUCUGGAGAUGAGUCGGUGGAAGGGAGGCUCGUGGGGGGCAGGGGUAAUCGGGGUCAGCGGUCUUAUACUCAGAGUCCCCCCUCAUCACCAAACAAGAAAGCUACCAAAGGACAAAAGAAGAAGAAUUCAAAAGGGUCUGGUGGGUCACGUCGCUCCAAUAUUCCUGUGCUGCUGGUGCCUCAGAUCCCGUCGCACAGGCUGAACAAGAUCUGCACAGGAGCUGAAGUCCAGAGAAAGAACCAGUUCAUGCAGCGGCUUCAUAACUACUGGUUGCUGAAACGACAGUCGCGAAAUGGGAUGCCUUUAAUACGGCGGCUUCAUUCCCACCUACAGGCCCACAGGACUGCAGAGCAGAGGGAGCCUGAUGAAAAGCUGAGUGCCGCGCGAGAGGAGCUGCGAUACUGGCAAAAGUUGAGGCAAGACCUGGAAAGAGCGCGACUUUUGGUGGAGCUCAUCCGCAAGAGGGAGCGGCUAAAGAGAGAGCAGAUGAAAAUUCAGCAGGCUGCUCUUGAGCUGAAGUUGACUCCUGCGCUGGUGCUUCUGAGAUCCACCCUGGAGCAACUACAAGAGAAGGACACAGCCAAAAUCUUCUCUCAGCCCGUCAAUCUGUCAGAGGUCCCAGAUUACCUGGAGUUUAUUACCCAACCCAUGGACUUCUCCACUAUGCGCACCAAACUGGAGGGACAUGCCUACUGUUCCAUCACUGACCUAGAAGAGGACUUCGACCUCAUGAUCUCGAACUGCCUCAAGUACAACUCCAAGGACACCAUGUUCCACAGAGCAGCCUUACAACUGCGGGAGGUGGGAGGUGCCGUUCUCCGCCACGCCCACAGGCAGUCUCAGAGCAUCGGCCUGGACCCCAGUACAGGCAUGCACCUGCCAGAGGCUCCAAACAAACAUGGCUUCUACAACUGUACAUGGGAUGAUGUUGACUCUCUGUUGGACCCAGAGAACAGACUGCACUUAACCACAGAGGAGCAACUAAAGGCCUUACUGGAUAAACUGGAUGUGGUCGCAUCCAUGCGUACCAGCGGCGGCCGCACCAAGCGCAUUAGGCUGCUGCGCCGAGAGAUCAACACUCUGAGGCAGAAGAUGAACCAGCAGCAAAGUGCUCAGUCUGUGAAUGGCAUUGAGAAGGUGGAUGAAGGAAAGGAAGAAGAGGGAGAGGAGGAGGAGGAAGACGAGGCGGAGAAGAAGAAGGAAAAGAAAAGGGAGAAGACAAAUGUGGAGAAUGGACUAUUGACAGCAGUGUCAAAUCCUAAAGCAGAUGACUCUCCACCUGUGCUAGAGCUUACCUGCCCAGUAUCAUCACCGCUGCCAGGCGAUGCUCCCCUGGAGCCCCCUGUCCUGGGCAUUGUAACGGGAGGACGAAGGUCACCCGGACGUUCCUACAGACGUCAGAGGUCCUCCCGGAGUGGAAGCAAAAGCCAAGGCGAAGAUGAGGCUGAAGUCGGAGAAACGCCUUCUUCGGAACCAGAUGCUGUUCAUGAGGUCACGCCACUGGGCACGCCUCCAACACUGUCUCUGGUCGGAGUCGGUCGUCGCACGUCAGUUUUGUUUAAGAAAGCAAAAAAUGGCGCGCGAAUGGUGAAGAACAAGUCCCUUCCACAACAGAACGGUAAAACCUCUGAGGCUAAAAGCAACGGGUUGGAUAGCACCGCCACCAGCCCGAAUUCACCCAGUGUGAACAACAUCACCACAUUACCUCCUACCCCAAACGCCUCCCCAGCACCUCCUUCUCCCUCCUCACACCGCCUGAGGUCUAGAGGCCACAGCUCAGAAAGUGAGGCAGACAAACUCCCUCCUCCGCCCACAGAAGGAGGCCUGACAAAUGGAAAGCACAGCUCUGCAGAACACGAUGAAGACGACUCCAACCUAAGUGUCUCCCCUCCCAAACGCAGUCGGGGUAAACCUGCUUUGGCUAAAGUUCCUAGCAGCGAGAACGGAGACAUCUCUGGAUCUGGAAAGUCUACACUUCUGUCUUUAGAUAGCGAGACUAAACUUGCACCACUGGACCUAGUCUGGGCCAAAUGCAGGGGAUAUCCGUCGUAUCCGGCAAUGAUUGUUGAUCCUGACAUGCCCCAGGAAGGACUUCUCCACAAUGGCAUACCCAUUCCCGUGCCUCCUCUGGAGGUGCUCAAACUUGGUGAAUGGAGGCAAAUGGAGGAAGACCAGAAGCUCUUCUUAGUGCUCUUUUUUGACACCAAAAGAACUUGGCAAUGGCUUCCUCGUAACAAACUACUGCCGCUGGGAAUGGACGACACUGUAGACAAGCUGCGGUUAAUGGAAGGCAAAAAACCCAGCGUUCGCAAGUCUGUGCACACUGCUUAUGACCGAGCUAUGGUACAUUUAAACCACGUGAGAGGAAAUCUUAACUUCACACCCUCCAAUUUUAUAUAAAAUUUAAAAAAUACAAUUUAUAUAAAAUUUAAUUUUAAAGAUUUUAUCAUCUUAAAUAAGCUGCCUGGUUGUGUGUACAAAGCUUCUUCAAUGCUCUUAAAAAAUUUGGGAAAGUAAAACAAACGCUUCCCAAUAGGUGUAGUAUUUGAAGGUUAUCUGCAUAAAAAGUUUUUUUAAAACUGAUUUUUGAAAUGAGGAGGGGAAAAAGUGCUU